AUGAGAGCGGCGGGACCUCUUCGGAAGAACUGGCUGCCGCAAGAUUGCGUGCUCGUUCGAUACAUCAGUGACCCGACUUUGCUUCACUGGAGAUGUGUGAUGCUGUGCUUGUAUGGAGACAACGUGGUGGUGCUGACCCCAGAUAGAGACUUGGAGUCAACUAGGCUUGCCACUGGAUCAGUGUACUCUGAAAUCAGGAAGAUGACAAGUGGGAAGCUUCCCGCUGGAAUCCGGGAGCGGGAGACCUACUUGCCCAAGCACUCUCCGAAUGGUGUCAUCCUGCACGAUGAGAUGAGGACCCUGAUGUCUAAUGCAGAGAGACGGUUUGCCGCUGAUGGUACUCGUCGACGUGUUGUGGGAAGACUAGAGGAACCGGAAGGUGUUGUGUCUCCGGAGGCUCAAGCCCAAGCUCCUCCUCACCAACAGCCCCCGGAGCAAGGACCCGAAGGGGAACAGCGGUGGCUGGUGGUCUACGCCUCAGAUGGUCGAGGGGUAGGUGAUGAAAUGGCGAUUGGAGCUGACGUGCAGAGGUUGUUCGUUGGUGGGAAAGAGUUCAGCAUGUUCAGUGAUGAUGGGCGAGAGGAUUUCCACUUGGUACAAAGAGCCGCUCUUGCUGGGGUCAAUGUUGAGCCUCCGGCAGAACGGGAUCUUCGGAUCCUUCCAGUCAUCUUCGAUUCGGCCGAGGAAAGGUGGCGCACUGUGUCGGAGGCGGUGCCGGAAUUCGAGGACGUGGAGUUUGACGAUUACCCCCUGCAGGGUCCUCGCACUGUCAGUCAUGACACUCGCCAGCUUCGCCGAUUGGGGCUUGACUUUGUUCAGCAUCACGAGUCUUGGCUAAAAAAGAGUGGUGUGAGGCCCACUGACAGGUCAGUCCACGAGCACUCUUCGGUCUGCCGGGCGCUGAACCUGAUGAUGUGCUAUGACCAGCUCAACUUGCCGGCCAUUGCGGCUGCUGAAGCUCUGAAUAGGCGUCGGACUUUGAUCGAACAUGCUCACCAAGGGCGACCAGAUGCCCCUUCGUACGAAGGCGCAGAGGAUUUCCUGGGAGUGAGAGAAAGUGCUGAUGGAUCGAUAGUUGACCCAGCUUUGGCGGCUUUUGCGGCAAAGAGACAAGCAACCAAAGCGGAGGUGAUGAAGCAGACUCGCCUGGCAAGUGAGGAGAAGAGACUCAGUCGCAAAGGCGAGGGCAAGGGCAACAAGGAGAAGGAGGAUGGGGGCAAAGCCCCAGGAAAGCCCUGA